AUGUCGCCCCCACCGCACGCGCUCCUCUUCCUCCUGCUGCUCGCCUCGGCGCCGCUGCCGCGCCCGGCCGCGGCGGACGACCGCCCCCUCGUGCAGCAGUUCUACUACUACUCCCCUCCGCCGCCGCCCACUCCUCCCGGCGGUGGCGGCGGCGGCGGCUACGGCGCCUACCCGCCGCCGGCGACGACGACGACAGGGCCGCCGACGGGGAGGGGGAACAACAACAGCACGCCGGGGGCGCGCGGCCAGUACGCGUUCCUGUCCGGCUCCGAGGCGCCCGGACGAGUAGCGCCGCUCCGGCUGCCGCCGCUUGUCGUCUGCGCCGUGGCUGCCGCGGUGGUUCUUGCAUGGCGUUAG